AUGAUGUCCGAAUCUUUCUCCAAAGAGCAAGAUGUGGAGAACACCGCUAUCUCCAUGUCCGAACAAGGGAGGUCUGCCACACCGGAAGCUUCUCGAACAGGGGUUGCGAGCCACGAGCGCCACAUCAAACGUGGACUGACGUCCCGCCAUGGACAGCUUAUUGCCUGGGGCGGCACAGUAGGCACUGGCCUCUUCAUCACCACCGGAAGAACUCUUGCGAUUGGGGGCCCGGCUUUCCUCGUUGGCAGCUAUGUAAUUCUCGCCAUCGCGACCUAUCUCAUCCUCGUCCUGGUCACCGAAAUGGCCAUGUAUCUACCCGUCAGAGGUGCAUCCAUGAGCUUCUAUGGUGGCCGCUUCGUAUCCAAAAGCCUUGGUUUCACAAUGGGAUGGCUUUACGUCUACUCGUUUGCCAUUUUCGUCCCAUUUGAACUUACAGCGUCUGCGCUGGUGGUCGGCUUCUGGAACACUGGCGUGAGCAACGGCGUUUGGAUCACGAUAUUCUUACUGCCGCUUGUGGGCCUGAAUCUUCUUCCAGUGAGAUUCUAUGGCGAGGCCGAGUUCUUCUUCGCCGGAAUCAAACUGGCGACCAUCAUCGGACUUUUGGUCCUGUCGUUUAUCUUGUUCUGGGGUGGAGGGCCCAACCAUGUGCGACUCGGCUUUCAUUACUGGAUGCACCCCGGUGCGACAAAGACGCAAAUCUUGGAGGGGGAUGCUGGGCGACUGAUUGCCGCGAUUGCAACGAUCAUCGCCAGCGCCCUUCCGUUCACCUUUACACCGGAAAUGGUUGUGAUAACCUCUGGCGAGCUGCAGUCACCUCGACGGAACCUUCCUAAAGUUUCGCUUAAUUUCAAUUGGCGACUUGUUGUGUUCUACGUGGGCAGCGCCGUGGGGAUCUCCGUCGUCUGUCCGCACAAUGCCAUAGCGUUUGGCGGAUCAACUGGAGCGUCGUCGCCGUGGGUCGUCGCCAUCCGCAACGCUGGUAUCCAGAGUCUCCCUAGUGUGAUCAACACGGUGAUCAUCAUAGCGGCAUGGUCAACGGGUAACGCGUUCCUUUAUUUGAGCAGCCGAUGCCUGUACUCGCUCGCCGUUGAGGGUCAUGCGCCCAAAAUCUUCACAAAGUGUACGGCCGCCGGGACCCCAAUUUACGCUGUCGGAGCAACUUCAUUGCCCACAUUACUGGCGUAUCUCAACCUCAAUUCAGCCGCAGCAAAUGUCUUCAAUUGGCUGUUAAACUUGGUCAACACCGCUGGGUUUAUAUCCUGGGUCUGUUGUGGAAUCAUCUACAUUCGCUUCCACCAAGCCCGCAAGGAGCAAGGAGACAUGCAAUCUACCACGAAAACCACCUUGAAGGAGAUAUCGGCGUGGGCUACGGCUGUCUUCUAUGUCAUACUCACUCUUCUAAACGGGUUUACUAUUUUCUUCCCAUCGAAGUGGUCCACAGCGGACUUCUUGUCGGCUUACAUUGGUCUGCCUAUUUUCUUCGCUGUGUACCUAGGCCAUCGCUUCAUUUGCCGCCAGGAUCCAUGGAUCAUUCCGUUGAAGGAGGUGAAGCUACAGGCAAAUGGUGCUGAGUUGAACGAGGAAACCGAGGAUGAGUUGGAAGAGACGACGGAAAGCACAGGUUUGCCGGGUACAUGGGCGCAACGACUCCGUCGGAUUGCAAGGCCACAACAACACGCGGAAUGA